AUGGGUGGAGAUACACAAGCCUUAAGCUUGGAGAAUAUUUGUAUGGUGGAUGGUUCAUGGACCUCUACGGAUCAAUUUAGUGGAAUUGGAUGGAUGUGGAAGGAUGAGAGAGGGAAGAUCCAAUUAAUGGGGAUGAGGAAUCUAAGGAGGCGAGAGACAUCACUACACUCUGAAUUGGAAGCUCUAAAAUGGGCAAUGGAGAGCAUGCUACAGCACUCGACAUGUCAGAGAUUUGGGACAGAUUGUAAGGAUCUGAUAGCAAUGGUAGUGGAUCCACAAGCAUGGCCAAAGUUCGCAACCGAGCUAGAGGUCAUUCAACUACUGAAGAUGUGUUAUCCGGACUUCAAGAUCGAAUACUUCCCAAGAGUGCAAAAUGGAAUUGCUGAUUCAUUAGCUAGGAAUGCCCGAUCUUUUCAUAGGUCUUUGUGCUUUGUUGGUUGUUCUAUUCCGACCUGGUUACCCAGGCCACCUCAAGUUUGA